AUGGGAACCGUAAGCAAGAGCGUAAUCGAAGAACUUGGCAACCAUCUCGCGCUAAUGGCAGUACCAGUUCCCCUCUGCUUCAUAUUCAGCAUUAUCACGAUCGAUGCGCCCCGUGUGAUUGUUGUCCGAAGCUAUAUCGCUGUCCCUUUAGCACAAAACAAUGUUGGUAUCAAUGGCACUCUGCCAUAUACCUCCUGGGCUGAAGAGUUCACACCGUGGGAACUCAUCGUGAUCAUCGUUGCUAUCUGGAGUAUCAUGAUUCUGUGGAGUGAUGAUGAUUUUAUCGAGCCAGGAAACCAGCGAUUCCACACUUUGCGCCAGCGAUACUAUAACGCCACUGCCAACGUCAUCAAGAGCGUCCUACAAAUGGGCAGGGUCAUUGGGCGGCCUAUAGACACCCGGAGUGGAACUGUUGCUUUGUUGGAUGAUGGUUCAAUCUUCCGCUACAAGAAGGCUUGCGGAUUUCUCUCAACCGCUCGUUACGAGUACGGGAGCGUCACAAACGAUGGCUCGUCGAACGUCGACCCCACUCAACCGGUGCAACUUCUCUACGUUGGGGUAUUUUAUUCACUAGACGGAGAUUGCAUCGAUCCUCGAUAA